AGCUGCUUCUUGUUACAACACAAUCUCAGUGUGUCAUGAUGAACAUCUCCUCCUUUCUUGUCAGCACACAACUACUGGACCAGCACACACACGCAACACAACACCUUCAGCUCUGCACUUAACAACAAGUUCAUCUGGAACAGCUAAGACAGCAGCUCUUGACAAGAUGAAGACCGUGAGUGCGUUGCUCGUAUCUCUACUGCUUCCCUUGGUCUCCGCUCAGACAUUUCGUUGGGGCCCCUGCCCAACACCGAUGGUCCAGCCAAACUUUGAAAUAAACAAGUACCUCGGAAAGUGGUAUGAGAUCGAAAAGCUCCCAGCAUCCUUUGAGAAAGGCAAGUGCAUUGAGGCAAAUUACGCGCUAAGACCUGACAACACUGUCCAAGUUGUCAAUGUUCAGACAUACAAAGGAAAAAUAAGGAAAGCAGAGGGCACAGCAAUCACUCAGGACCCGAUGGAGCCAGCCAAGCUUGGAGUCAGUUUCUCCUACUUCACUCCCUACGCCCCAUACUGGGUCCUCUCUACUGACUACAGCAGCAUUGCACUGGUCUAUUCAUGCACUGAUGUUCUCCGGCUCUUCCAUGUGGACUUUGCCUGGAUCCUGUCACGCUCACGCAUUCUGCCCCCGGAGGCCAUCUACCAUGCCAAAGAGACCUUCUCACGUGACAACAUUGACGUGAGCAAAAUGCUUCCCACAGAUCAGGAAGGAUGCGAUAGUCCUCUUUAAACACUGAAGACUGAAAUAUAUCUUUUUGGUAUCUAUCACUAUUAUGGGUGAAAAUGGUUUAAGUUAUCAUUAUAAAAUUUAUCUCGCAUAAAAGUGUCUGAACCCAGCCAGCACAUAAUUAAACCUAAUGUGUAUAUGUAUGUUGUAUAUCUUAAAAAAGAAUAAAUAAAAUGCAUUGGAGAUUUUGCUUGUGGAGCAUUCCUUAGACAUUAUUUUAUUAAACAGGUGUUUAUUUUAUAAAUAUACUGGAGUCCUCUCUGUUCUGCACAAUUUGAGAUUGGUCCUCAAGAUUGGGUUUUCUAUGCCUUUCUGAAUGUUUAAUGUUAAUAAAAAAUGUGUUCAGAUUUUUA